AUGAAACUGACACUGUUGAACAUACAUCUUUCAGAGUUGUACGAGAAAAUCAGCAAGGAUUUGAGCCCCCCUCGUCAUUUUCCAGCAGAGACACGUGAUAGGAGCAAAUACUGCAAGUUCCAUAAAGACCAUGGUCACAAGACAGAGAAUUGUCGUGCUUUACAGAUCGUGGUCCAGCGAAUGAUUGACGUUGGAAAGCUGCAAGAGUACGUGAAAAAGGAUUUCGGGAAAGGUUCUGGACAGUUUGGCGCAACACAUGUGAUUAACACACAUGUGAUUAACGUCAGUCACGCCAGAAUCCAUUCAAUGACCAGGAAGGCGUCGGAAGAUGAAACCAGGAGAAAACUCAGACAGUUAAAAGAAUGGUACUUGACAAAUCAUAUCAAUUUUGUCAGUGGAAAUGGAGAAGAAACUCGGGAGCUUGGAUACACAAAGAUCGAGUUCUCUCCAGCAGACAUGAUAGGUGUAUAUGCUCCCCACAAUGAUGUUAUCGUUAUAACUGCUUGGAUUGGCAUGUUUCGUGUUCACCUGAUUCUAGUGGAUACAGGAAGCUCAGUGAGCAUGCUGUUUUCAGGAGCUUAUUCCUCUAUGAAUCUCCCACACGACUUGAUCGAAGAGGAUGAAAAUCCAAUUAUCGGUUUCAGUGGCGAAGUUACGAAGGCGAUAAGAAAAGUGAAGAUACCUAUAACAGUGGCUGAAAAGUCCGUUCUAGGCAAUUUACUGUAG